AUGGCUACCAAGACAACUUUAGGAAAAGGCGGUUUUAGUUUCGAGAAUUACACAAGAAAUAAGGCACUCGAGUCCAACGGUGCUAAACCUCCCAAGGCUACCAGUACGGGUACCACUAUUGUUGGUGUCGUUUUCAAGGAUGGUAUUUGUUUAGGCGCUGAUACCAGAGCUACUGAAGGCCCUAUUGUAGCCGACAAAAACUGUGAAAAGAUCCAUUACAUUGCUCCCAACAUUUACUGUUGUGGUGCAGGUACUGCCGCCGAUACUGAAUUCACCACCAACCUCAUCAGCUCUCAAAUCGAAUUGCAUAGUUUAUCAACUGGUAGAAAGCCUCGUGUUGUUACAGCCAUGACACUAUUGAAGCAGAUGCUUUACAAAUAUCAAGGUCAUAUUGGUGCCGCCCUUGUUUUGGGUGGUUUUGAUGCUACUGGACCUCAGUUAUAUACCGUGUACCCUCACGGCAGCACUGACAAAUUACCCUACGUUACUAUGGGUUCAGGUUCAUUGGCAGCAAUGAGUGUAUUUGAAAGUAAAUGGAAGCCCAACAUGGACCGCCAAGAAGCUAUUGAUAUUGUUCGAGAGGCUAUUGAAGCUGGUGUCUUUAACGAUCUUGGAUCAGGUUCAAAUGUCGAUGUUUGUGUCAUUACAAAGGAUGACACUGAUUACCUCCGUAAUUAUGCUCGUCCUAAUGAACGUGGUGUCAAGGAGCAAAGUUACCGCUUCCCCAGAGGUACAACAGCUGUAUUGAAGUCUUCAAUCGAGAAGUUUGCUACUGUAGUUGAGGGUGAUUCAAUGGAUAUCUCGUUAUAA